AUGAACCUCAACAGCGGCACCGUCGCCUUCGUCUUUGGUGUCGUCUUUCUAAUCCUAUCCAUCUCUUUUGCCUGCCUCCGCCUCCACCGGCUCUCCGGCAACACCUUCGUGUUCAAUUUCCUUGUUCGCUCUCCUCCUCCUCCGGAUUCCGCCGCCGUGCCGGCAGCACAACGUGGCCUUGACGAUUCCACUCUCAACAGCUUCCCCAAGCUCUCUUACUCUGAGAUGAAGCAGAAUAAAAACCAUUAUUCCAGCAAUAAUAUUGAAGAUCCUUCUAAUUCUUGUUCUAUUUGCUUAGCGGAUUAUAAAGAUGAAGACACGUUAAGGUUGCUUCCUGAUUGUGGCCAUCUUUAUCACCUUCGUUGCGUUGACCCAUGGCUCAAGCUACACGACUCUUGUCCUGUCUGUCGAACUCCAACCUCUUCUUCUUCUGCUAAAGCUCACGAUGAUCGGUCAAAUAACUUCCUCGAGGGGACAUAG